UGCCUUUAGCCUAAAUGCAUUCACAAAUGAAAGGGACAGAAAACACGACAUGGAUCAACAUCAGCAAACAUCCGUUAAAAACGUCAUCUCAACUCCGGAAAAGCGUUGGGUGUAGUGGCGGGCAGAUGUUUAGCGCAGUCAAUUUGCCAUAAACGCUCCCUCGCUGUCAUGCAACCCCAUUUGACUGGUGUAUUUAAAAUCACGCACACUCAAGAGACUGCCCUGCUUCCAUUCAUGUAACAAGGGACUCCGAUUACACACAUGGGGAACUUGCGAUCUGAAAUAUUAUUCCCGGUGGCGCUUCUGCUCCUGGGAAUUGUAGCAAUUAUUUUGCUCACCAUUCCGACCAAAGAAAUGUAUGCACCUCCACCUGACAUGUAUGGCAUUGUGUUGGAUGCGGGCUCCUCCCAUACAUCCAUGUACAUCUACAAGUGGCCGGCGGAUAAACAGAAUGACACAGGAGUGGUCAGCCAGCACAGCGAGUGUCACGUGAAAGGAAAGGGAAUCUCCAGCUAUGCAGGCCAGCCAGGAGCUGCUGGACGCAGUCUGGAGGACUGCCUCAAGACGGCCACAAAUGAAAUCCCUAAAGCACGUCAUCGGCUCACACCAGUGUACCUGGGUGCAACAGCUGGGAUGAGGCUCUUAAACCUCUCCAACCAUCAUCAGUGUGCAAGUGUUCUUGAGGAGGUUGGUCAGAAGAUCAAGAGCUAUCCCUUUAACUUCAAGGGGGCCGCAAUCCUUAGCGGCCAGGAAGAGGGUGCAUAUGGCUGGGUCACUGUGAACUACCUUCUGGAGAACUUCAUUAAGUAUGGAUUCAUAGGUCAGUGGCUGAGUUCAGGAAAGCCGACGGUCGGGGCACUGGAUUUUGGAGGGGCCUCCACCCAGAUCACAUUUGUGACCCAGGAUAAUGUGGAGAACCCUGAGAACGAGAUGACACUGCGACUGUACGGGAAAAACUACAGGCUGUACACCCAUAGCUUCCUGUGCUACGGCCUCGACCAGAUGCUGCUGCAGCUCCUGGCCCAAGUACUUAAGUCUCAGGGCUAUGCCAGUUCUGUGUCGCACCCCUGUUAUCCAGAGGGCCAUGAGGUCAACGUGACACUGCGAAGUGUGUUUGACUCUCCCUGCACAACUUCCCAACCCACUUCCUACAACUCAGGGGCAACUGUGACUCUGAAGGGCACGGGCCAUUAUGGUCACUGUCUGGGCAACAUGUCUGAGAUCUUCAACUUCCAGAACUGUCCAUUUUCUAAGUGUUCCUUCAAUCAGAUCUUCCAGCCCAACGUCAGUGGCAGCUUCAUGGCGUUCUCUGCUUUCUUUCAUGUGCACUCAUUCUUGGAACGCACCACUAGGAUAACUGUGAACACUCCAGUUAAACUGGAGGAGGCAACCAGAGCUCUGUGUAAUAUGAGCAUCAAGGAGCUAAGUGUAGCUCCCGAUGAAAUAUCACGUCUGCAAAACUACUGUGCUGCCUCUGUGUUCAUCAAUCUGCUCCUGCUGAAAGGCUAUGGUUUCGAUGAAGGUUCCUUCCCUCAAAUUGCCUUCCAAAAAAAGGCAGGAGACACUUCUGUUGGCUGGGCUCUAGGCUACAUGUUAAGUCUGAGCAACUUGGUGCCAGCUGAGAGUAUCUCACUGAGGAGAGCCCUCCUCCCUGGAGCCUGGGUCAGCUUAAUUGUCCUCUUCGCACUGCUGCUCGUCGCUACCUUGGGGCUGUUAGCCUACCAAGCCCGCCGACAGCAAAAGAAUGCUAGCAAUCACUGCUAGAGCCCAGCAGUGGAUGAAUCUCAAAGGAAAUUUUUGGAACAGAUUGCCAUCUGACAUUUGGACUAGACCUGAUCUCACUGAUACAUUCCAGAACUAUUUAUAUGGGAAUUUGUGUCCUAUUUUGUGUUACACUUUACUUGACUGUAUCGACAUAAGAGUGACAUGACACUAUCAUGAAUGUGUCAUAAACAAGUCAUAAACG